CCACAAAAGAACACUAACUAAAUCGCAAUUAGAAUGAAGUGUGCCAUUAGAAAGUGCUGCUGCUGUGAGCUGAGAUGGGGAGCCCUGAUCAUCGCCCCUAUAGACAUGAUUGCGACUGCGGCAGUUGUUUUGGAAACUAAGUAUUUGGCCUAUUAUGAAGACUGGUGUAUGGAUCAUAAUGAGGAGGUUCGUGAAAGCAGCUACUACUCUUUAGCCUACUAUACUUGGAUUAUCGCACUUUUCAUCCACUUUGCCCAUCUAAUGUCCUGUGUUUUGGUUAUUGCCUCUGUUUGGGUGCAAACCAAAAAACUGCUCAUUGUCUAUCUCAUUACUGGAGCGAUACGCAUUAUUUUUGACUUCAUAUUUUUCAUUUAUGUAUGCGUCGCGAUUGGUGCUAUGACUUUGACCUUGCUUCUCAUUGGCUGUGGAUUCGGUGUUGCCAUUUACUUUUGGGUCGUCGCCUACUCGUGGUUCAAGAUGAUCCAAAGCCCAGCAGGCGGAAACUGAAGUACCUCACUUGAUCGCACCAGGCUUAACACAAUAUACUGAAAUAAAUUCUAUGUACGUUGUAGGUGAUGUUCCACAGAUUUGGCCUAUUAUGAAGACUGGUGUAUGGAUCAUAUUGAGGAGGUUCUUGAAAGCAGCUACUACUCUUUAGCCUACUAUACUUGGAUUAUCGCAUUUUUCAUCCACUUUGCCCAUCUAAUAUCCUGAUAAUUGCAAGAGAUAACCUAAUAAUGGCUCUCGCACUGCUCAUAAUCGGGUUGGUAAAUGGGAUACUUUUGAUUUUCACCAUAAUUAACACAGUUGUUGCAGUCUGCUGUUGGUACGUUGUCUAUUCAUGGUACAAAAAGCUUGAACGCUUAGAGGAAGUCCAAAACUGAUACAAGACCCCAAAAGAACGCUAUUUAAAUCUUAAUUAGAAUGAAGUGAAUCUUAAUUAGAAAGUGCUGCUGCUGUGAGCUGAGAAGGGAAGCCUUGAUGUAGAUGUGAUUGUGACUGCGGCAGUUGUUUUGGAUAUUAAGAGUGUGGCCCUUUACUUGUCGGUCGUUGUCUACUCGUGGUUCAAGAUGAUCGAAAGCUCAACAGGUUGAAACUAAAAUACCUCAUUUGAUCGCACCAAGCUUGAUAUUAUGUAUAAAUAAAUUCUAAGUAAGCAGUUGAAA